AUGCUGUGUUGUCAUGCUGUGCAGGUGGCAGGCGAGGUGCUGUGGCUGUACAGUGCACAGCAGCAGAGGCGCGGGUUGGACGCUGUGCACAUGUCCGUGGGUGACGCCGUCUCGCAGGGUCUGGUCGCCAACGAGACCCUGGGCUACUAUAUGGCCCGCAUCCAGCAAUACCUGCUCAAAGUGGGCCUAGUGGGUCCAAAAAUUCGCUUCCGUCAGCACCUGCCCAACGAAAUGGCCCACUACGCAUGCGACUGUUGGGACGCUGAGGCCCUCACGUCCUACGGGUGGGUUGAGUGUGUUGGGUGUGCUGACCGUAGUGCCUAUGACCUGACGUGCCACGCACGGGCCACGGGCACCAAGCUCUGCGUCGAGCGCCCCUUGCCCGUGCCCGUCACUAAGGACGUCUGCGUGCCCGUGUUUGACAAAGGACUUAUCGGGAAAUUCUUCAAGAAGGACGCUAAGGCCGUCACCGACGCCUUGAUGGAUCUAAGUCCUGACCAAGUUGUGGCCUUAGACGGGGCCCUGGCCCAGGGCAAGGCUGCUGUGGUCCCGGGGACCACGUAUGAGGUCACCAGGGACAUGGUCCCGCGGGUCAAGACGGAGACCCGCGGCCCCGUGACCAAGGACGUCUGCGUUCCCGUGACAAAUAAUCCCGAGAUACGGAAGUAUUUCAACAAAAAACAAUACAAGGAAAUUACCGCCAUCUUUAAAGAAGGAUUCACGCAAGAACAGAUGGAAUUAAUGCAAAAUAAAUUAAAUAUUGAAGGUAGUUACCGUCUACCGGGCACUAAUUACACGAUUACCAAUACCAUGGUCACUAGUUACCAUCAGGAAACCAGACAGGUUUUGACGGAAACCUUCAUCCCGCAUGUCAUCGAGCCGUCCUUUGGGAUGGACAGAAUUCUCUAUGUCCUCCUCGAGCACACGUUCCGCGUCCGCGAGGAGGACAAAAAGCGGACGUAUUUCUCGUUGGCCCCGUGGGUGGCCCCCAUCAAGGUGGCCAUCAUUCCCUUGUCCCAGCGGCACAAGCGGGAGGCCCGACCCUUCAUCAGAGCCAUCAUUGUGCUUGAUGGCCUAAAAACGGCCAAAUCCACUAAAAAAGGCCAAAAAGCUUAA